GGAAGUGUCUGAUGGUCUUUUCCGGUAGUGACGCUCGGCUCCAAGAUGGCGGCGGGGAGCGGCGGGCCGGCUGCGAGGGAGCUGUUCGCUGAGGGGUUGCUGCAGUUCCUGCGGCCCGCAGUGCGGCAGCUCGAUGGGCACGUCCAUGCGGUCAGGGAGAGCCAAGUGGAGCUACGGGAGCACAUCGACAGCCUGGCUACAGAGCUGUGCCGCAUCAAUGAGGACCAGAAGGUGGCACUGGAUUUGGAUCCCUACGUGAAGAAGCUGCUGAAUGCCCGGCGCAGGGUUGUGUUGGUCAAUAACAUCCUUCAGAACGCCCAGGAACGGCUGCGACGGCUGAACCACAGCGUGGCCAAGGAGACCAUGCGCAGGAGGGCGAUGCUGGAGGCAGCAGGCGGGUACCCCCAAGGUCUGCCCAGCAAAUGAGCCCCAUUGCAGCACCCAGCCGGACCCACAGCGAGCUGGGAUGGAACAGGAGAGGCUCUGAGUGGGGAGAUGCGACCCUGCAGGGCUGGGAGCACCUUGUUGGCAGCAUAGGAGGGUUGAGGAGCCCAGCACUGUAUCAUGCAGCGCUUCAGCUGCAGCGUGAGGAACUGGGGGACUCUUUGUGUUUUCAGGUUUGUAGGCACUGUAAUAAAAGGGACUGAGUGUUGCUUA